CUUAUCCAAAAUGUCUGCCGCCGAGCGCCGUGCACAGAGAAGGAAAAAAGUACUGGAAAAUUCUGAGAGUCGCCUUCAGAGAAUUCUAGGCAGUCGUUCAAGCCAUCCUGAUAAUUCAGAGUCUAAUCUUGUUGUAGAUGGAAAUAUUUCCAAUUCUUCUUCCGUGGGAAAUGCAGAUAAUUCCUGCAAGAAUAUACUGUCAGUCGAUACGAAAGAAAGUGAUUAUACAACUGGAGAAAAUAAGAAAUUGCCAGUGGAAAAAAACCAAGGAGACCAAAUUUCCGAUAUGUAUCCAGCGGAGGGAAAUAACUGUGGAUCGCAGGACUCAGAAGCUAACGAAAAUUCCUUUUUAGACAACGAGGUAAAAUGUUUACCUAAAGUUACAUCAGCUCAAUCGCGAUCACAUAACACUUUUCCUUCAACAGCAGCUGUUAACGAGACACACAGUGAUGAAUCUUCCGGCUUCAGUACUGCAAUUUGGACUCGAACUGUUUUUGUUGUCAUACUGGCUUUCUCUUUGGUGAUCAGGUGGACUUAUGUGAACUUAGAGGUUUUAUUCUCAAUCAAUGGUGAGAACAGCCGCAAUGAUGUUUCUAAUGAGGCUGUUUUGGUCAAGUCAGAGGUAAGAAGCCUUAAGUAUGAUGAUGUCAUGAUAUCGGCCUAGCCAUCAUGGGUUAUCAGCCAUUAUACUCUGCUUUACAAAUGUGGUAAUAUGGUAAGUGAACAUGUCAAAAAAAAGAAGUUUGCAAAACAACGUUGGGAAGAUUUAUCUACAUGUUGGAGUGUUUUUAAUGAAACAAUUAUUCCACUCAGGCGUGUUGGAUGUGAGAUGAUUAUAGUCAACUUGGCCCUACAGGCCUGGUUGGCCAUUUACCAUCUCAUAUCCAAUGAGAGCUUGUGGAAUAAUUGUUUGAUAUACCUGCCAUUUUCUUGAUUAUUUGUACUGUACUUAUCCUUGGAGCCAGAUAUGGUGGAAGAGUGCAUUUUGGAAGGGAAUACUACUGUGUAAAAUCAGCAUGCAUAUUCUCCUCACCCUUACCUAUACAUUUGCAUGGUACUGACAACGAGAAUGUGUUUACAAUCAAUAUUUCCUUCAGAUAUUGAUCAUUCCUCUUAAUUCUUGCGACCUUAAUGUGUGAUUAAUCAGUGAUAACGUAAGGUGAAAUUACCGGUAGAUGCCAGCCACUCCUAGGGGUUAAAGAGUUAAAGAUAUCUGAGACUUUCUUCCAUUGGUCUCCUGUAAGUGACGUACUGUAAUUUCUGGCUGAUUACCCGUGGGUAAUCUGUUAAUUUUUCCACAAACAGUUGUUGGUGCAGGUUAUGGGAAGGUGCAGGUAAUAUGAUAAUUUUUAAAACUUUCAAUAUAGUUUUAAAACUAUAAGCAGGAAAAAAACAGAGAUGAUGAGAUCCACUAAAGAUACUCUUCAAAAAACCUGUGUAAUAACUCACUUAUUUUGUGCAGAUUGCUCAUUGUAAUAAGAGACUUUAAUACUUUCGAUGAAAGCCAAUGAAAAUCGAAAACAUACGAAACUUGAUAACAAAGCUUUUAUCUUGUUUGUACUCUUACUUUCUUACCUUGUCAAUUUCAUAGCUUGUUUCUUUGUUAAGUUCAAAAAACAAUUCUCACUUACAUGGGAAGUGAACUUAAAAAUAAAAGGUACUUGUGGUGGUCAAAAUGAAAGGUACUUGUGGUGGUCAAAAUGAAAGGUACUUGUGGUGGUCAAGGGCACCAUGACUAUUAGCUGUGCUCUCCAUCCUUGCUUUUUGUAGGGUCUGACAUAAAGCUGUUUAUUGAGCUAAUUUGUAAGAGACGUGGUAGAACUGGUGGACUCCAGAUUGAGAGGCCAGAGUCUGAGCCUUGUGUGUGUCAUUGUGUUGUGUUCAUGGGAAAGACACUUUACUCUUGCUGUGAUUUCUUCAACCCAUACACUCUAUACCGUACCAGAGUGCUCUCAAUUAGACCCGACACCUUCCAAAGCUUUGGCAGGUAUUCUGUUGUGAAUUGCCAGGUUUACUUUGGAAGCUUUUGAGCAAACUCACAAAGUGAGACCUAAAACACCUCAAGAUCGGCUAGUCAAACAGUUUUUAUAAAGGAUAUGAAUAUUUAAUGUUCACCUACAAAGUUUAACACUGAAAACUCUAUUUGAGGCCAGUUUAUUCUGAACAGAAGUAAUGGGAUAGCAAGAGGGAAAUUGUUAUUUUAUGAUAUUCUCUGGUGGGUGCUUUACUGAGGUAGCCAUCCUCUUCAAAUCUUAUUGAAAGCACUGUACCAAUACAAAGGAGGCAGUGUAGCUCACCCUGAGUUCAACUUCACUGCUGCUGCACUAUGUAAAUAGCUAACUGGUCCGCCUUUUGCCAGUGUGGAUUUUUAAGCGCUCUAUUUGUAGGUUUCCUUUACUAUAGGUUCAGUUGUUGAAUUCCAGGGCUACCAAAUACAUGACAUUGUACAGUGUACAUGGACAUCAUCAUGCCUGUAAUCGUAGAUUUGAUAAGUCUCUCCCUGAAUGAAACAUUUUACCCUCAAACUCAAAGUGGGACAUGAGGUUUGUCUUGAUAUCCACCUCCAAUCACAUAAAUGGAUAGAGAAUUCUAUGUGGCCCAUUUUGAUAACUGUUGAUUAACUUGAGAGCUCAGCUUACUUAAUAUUUCUGAUUUAUUCAGUUAAUCAAUAAGCUAUCUAUUCAUUUAUCUGUUCACAUAUAAAUUUGUUUUAUUUUUAUUUUGAGUUUGCAUAAUUGAAAUGUGUUGAGUGUGCAUGAAAAGGUUUGAGUCAAUUCUAAAAUUACAUGAAACUGUAGGCUAUUUUUGUUUAAAAUCUUUUUAUUUCAUUUCAGUCCAUGAUAUGGCCAUUCCUAGCUUUACAGUUACUGUUUGUUUGUGUACCAAGCUUCCGACAGGUAAGUUACUUGUAUAAUACAAACAUUUUGUGCUGUGACGGAAUACUUCAUUUUAUGUGGAGAAACACCUACAAUGUAUAAACAUGCUAACCAAACUGAGUUGAAUGUCGUUGUAUAUGAUGAAGGGCUUACACUACAAACAUCAGUCAAUUUACAUUAUCAACUCAGUUGAUAAAUCUGAAUGAUCUUUUUAUACCCACACUACAGUUUCUUUAAAAACUUAUUCCCUCUAUUUGUGAGUUGAAUGUGGUGUGGACUAAAAUCAUAUAUGUGAUCUCAAAAUCAAAAGAGUUUAUACUAUUACAUGACACAAAGUUAAAUCAUGAUUAUUAUGUAAUAAUCCAAACAGGCAGCAUUUGAAUUUUAUUUUUGCACCCACCACAUGUGCGCUAAGUGCAAUCCUUACAUAUGUAUCAUGCUACAUUUGUAUGUUAAGGUUCUGUCCAUUAAAUAAAUUUCUGGUUUUUUUUUCUUUUUCCAGACAUCCAACUCAGCUUAUAUUUCCUUGCUCACUGUUGCAUUGCAACUUUGUGGAAUUCCAAUAGAAUUUACCCACACAAUCAACUUUCUUUUUACUGCUCUUCUGGUUGCCUUAAAGGACUUUGGAGUUUUCUUUUUCUCUGUGGUUGUUGUUCAUUGCUUGGUGGAAUACAGCAUAAGUGUGGGACUUCUGAAGUAUGUAAUGGAGACUUGAAUAAGAAGCUUCCAUCAGACCUUUGCUAUCUUAAAAGUUUUACAUCAACUAACUUCAUUUCAAGUGUAGAGAAGUUUUUAGCAAGCUGUUUAGUUCUCUUUUGUUGUGAAUUGUUGGGUUCCCCACCUCCUGAAGUGCAAAUUGGCUGUGUAGCUUCUGAAAAUAAUAUUUCUGAAUAAUGACUAAAUUAUGAUUGUAGUAAUUUUUAUACAAUGUUGUAUUAAAAACACUUGUGAUCUGUGUGUGCU